AUGGAGGUGCCCCACCUCCCGGCCACAGCCCGAUGCCUUGCGGGCAUAGGGGAGCAGACCGUGGCCAAGUUUCGCGAGGAUCGUGGGAACCGCGUUCGGAUCCACGCUGCGGCCAUCCGACUGCCCGACGUUUCGACGGACAUCCUCAUCACGUUGAACGAUCCAGUGCACGUCGACCCCGACAGCAGCAGCGCUGAGGCGCCGGUGCCGUCCGAGCCGGCCGAGGACGUGUUCAGGAUGCUCUUGCGCUCCUUCCGUAUCACGGACUGGGGGCUGUUUGGCGAGGGCUGA